AGGCCCUCAAUAAAGCCUUCUAAUACUCAGUAGCGAUCAAACUUCAUUGCAAAAUUAAUAUUUGUUAUUGUUUGCGAGAUACUAAAUGCCUUCAGAUGCGUUCUUCGCCAAACGUGUAACGCGAAGCUGAGAUAUAUUCGCGCAUCGGAUUAGAAUUGCGCCUACUUUCACCGCACUCGAAAUAAUAAACUAAGCCAUGAUGAGGGAAUCGGCGCACGAUAUCAACAUGGAUACCUGGAAGCAGUGGAUCCUCGAGGCCAUAUCGAAGAUCAGGUCCCAGAAACAGAGGCCCUCCGUGCAGAGGAUUUGCCAGGCAAUCGGCACACACCACAAGUUCCACGAGGAUAUUGUGGCCGAGAAGCUGGAAAAAGCUGUCGAGUCGGGAGCCGUCAUCAAGGUCUACAACAAGGGACUGCACUCCUACAAGGCCCCGAUGGCCAAGCGUCGCGUCAAGGUGGACAAGAACACCAAUCUGUACAAGCUGGUGGCCAAGGCGGUUCACGACCUGGGCGAAUGCGAGGGGUCCACCAUCAAGAGCAUUGAGAACUACAUUCAAAAGUUCAACUGCAUCGAUUUGUCGCCCAAUGUGGACUUCAAGGCCGUCAUUAAGGCAUCCAUCAAGAAGGCCGUGGAUGCCGGCUUUCUCAUCCAGGAGGGAAAGCUAUACAAGAAGGGCAAAUCCUUGACAACUCCACGGAAAUGUGCACCCGUCUCGGAUGUGGUCAUAAAAGGCGAGGAGUCCUGCACCCACUGCUCGGGAAAUUCGCAGAAGAACCUCAACGGUAUCCCAGAGCCCUUGAGCUCCUGCAAGCAGUGUGGGAUCUCGUUGCACACCACCUGCGCGAAUAUCGCCGGCAGGUGCAAGUCGCAAUCCUACGUGCUGCUCUACAUGCUCGUCACCAAGGGCACGAUCUGGGAUUGCCAGAACUGCGCGGAUUGUGCCGUCUGCAAAAUGCGAAACCGGGGCCCUUGUCUGCUGCAGUGCUUCGUGUGCAAGGACCACUUUCACUUAACUUGCCUUGAUACGAUUCCAGACAAGAAGCCGAAGCAUCCAUACAGGUGUAAAACGUGCUGCAAACAAGGCCUAGAUACGCCGAAGUUGGUUAAGAAAGACAAUUCAAGAAUAAAAAUGGAAACUGAGAGAAUCACCCCCUCGGAUAAAUAUGCCUCCAAUAAGCGCCAAUCCAUCAAAAGGGACGGCAACAUCGAGAGUCCUUCGACCUCAAAACUUUGCGUCUACAACGAUGGCAACGGCCAGAGAAGAAAAAUGCCCGCCAGCAUGAGCUCUAGGAAACUGAACCACAGUGAGGACCAGUUCGAGUUCCCCAGCAAGCAAAAGAGGUCGCAAAUAUUACAGGGAGGCUACUUGGCUAGCCAGGAAACGCGGAAGCGAACCUUUUCGGAUCUGUCAUCCACGAGUUCGUCCAGCGAGAGUGAAGACGAAGACGAUGAGGACGACGACAGGAACAGAAAUGGCGAUGACAACGAUCAAGACGAGAGCACGUCCUCGGACUCGUGCACUUCAUCCAGCUCAGACUCGGACUCCAGCGAGAGUUCCAGCGACAGUUCCGAAUGCGAUGACGAAAACGACGAGGAAGACUACGACACAGAUCGCAGCACGCUGAAGGGAAAGAUCUUUGAGAAUGACAAGCAGAGCUGCGCUAAACUCAAUACCGGCGAUGGCCUAGGCUCCCCGCAAAACAAUGAAUUGGGCAGUGAGAAUUGGGGGUUUGCUGCCGUGGCUAAAAACCCCAUUGACAUAUUUGUGAAAUCUAAGAACAAUAGCAGUGUCAAAGGAAUCGGUUACUCCAAGCCAACAGCAAGCACGUUUGCCACGUCCCCCGCAGCAAAUAGAGCGCAAAAGAGCACUCCAGUAGCUUCGUCUACUCCCGAGAAGAACUCUACACCAAUUGGCGGCAUGACCAUCAAGCGUCAGACUGCCAAUGGGCAGAAGAAAAAGAUUGUUCCCUUGAAGAGCAUGCCCCUGGAAGCGGGCAAGUCGUACGAAAAGUGCGAGGACGACAUUCCGUAUCUAACAGAGGAGACUGUUAUGAAAGUUCAACUGCUGGAGGAGAUUGAACGAUGCAGAGAAACCCACAGCGAAGCUGAUGGGAAGCGGGAAAAUAACAACGAUGAGGAAGUGCCUGAGGAAAGCACAAAGCGGACCAAUCCCUUUGAGAACCAGCCCCUUCCGCCUGGCGUCACCGCCACGGACGUGGAAUUGUAUCAAGAAGUUCUCCACAAGGCCGUCGUUCAAAUGUCCAAUAAUCAUAUAGAGAAGGUAAACGAUGUCAGCCUGAAAUCCGGUCAGCACACCCAGAGUCCCAAGUCGAUCCAAAUUGGAAAGUGGGACAUUGAAACCUGGUACUCCAGCCCAUUUCCGCAAGAGUACGCCAGGCUACUGAAGUUGUUUUUGUGCGAGUUCUGCCUCAAGUACACAAAGAGUCGUUCUGUGCUGGACAGACAUCAGAACAAGUGCAUUUGGAAGCAGCCCCCAGGCACUGAAAUAUUCAGACAGGGAAACAUAUCGGUGUUCGAGGUGGAUGGCAAUGUCAACAAGAUAUAUUGCCAGAACUUGUGCCUGCUGGCCAAGUUCUUUCUCGACCAUAAAACACUUUACUACGACGUAGAACCUUUUCUGUUCUAUAUUCUUACGAAGAAUGAUCAAAGCGGUUGCCAUUUGGUUGGCUACUUCUCGAAGGAAAAGCACUGCACCCAAAAAUACAAUGUGUCCUGCAUCCUGACGAUGCCGCAGUACCAGAGGCAAGGCUACGGUCGGUUUCUGAUCGACUUCAGUUACCUGCUGAGCCGUGAGGAGGGACAGCUGGGCACUCCGGAGAAGCCACUUUCGGAUCUGGGUCGGCUUUCCUACUUUUCCUACUGGAAGUCAGUCGUGUUGGAGUACUUGUACAAGCAUCGCAACUACACAAAGAUCACCUUCAAGGACAUAGCCAUUAAAACGGGGCUGGCUAUCUCCGACAUCGCCCUGGCCUUCGAGCUGUUGAACUUCAUCAAGCUGAGGAAGAACGAUGGCGACAUCAGGUAUCAGAUUAAUGUGAAAAUUGACUGGAAAAAGGUUGUGGCCCACCAUAACAAAAUGGCGAGCAGUAAGACUCGAAUAAUCAUAGAACCCGACUGCUUAAGGUGGAGUCCGUUGCUGUCGGUGUCCAAAUUACCCAACAUAAUCAAGCCCAUUUCCAAUCGGGAAUAUUUGAACAACCAAAUAGAGAAAAAGUCAGAUUUCCAGGAAACUAAUGAAGACAAAAGCAGCGUUAAGCAGAGUGUUCCCACCUCUUCGAAGGUGAAUCAGGAACCUCCCGAGUUUCCGGCGAAGAAUCGGGGACCCAGCUCUGAAAAGUUACUGGAUGAAAGGGAAAACCAGCGAAAACGUGCAUAUCCGGAGGAGUUCUUAAAGUCGGCGUCUAAUGAGGCGAAAAAACCCAAGUUGACUGCACCUCAGCCGACCAUUGAGGAUCAGUCCUUUGGCGAGCUCUCCGACUCUUCGGACUGCAAAUCUUCUAAAGAACUUUCGGAACAGUUGACCAAAAGAGCGCAAAGGUUGGCCAAGCGCAACGACGUGAUUCCCCACACCAACAAAAGGAAGCAUUUCGACCGGCCGCUUGAGAGCAAUGCCAAUUCAAGUGACCAGAAUCCGCCAGCUCAAAGUCAAGCGGAAACUUUGGGCACCGAUAGCGGCCCGAAAUUGGAAGAAGCUGCUGCCAAGGAGAUCUGCAAGAGUGUUGUGGAAAAGGAGCAUGUCGACAAACCAGUGAACAUUGUGCCCAAACUGCGGGGAAAGCAGUCCAAUGGUAAGCGCUCCGAGGAGCCUCAGUUCAAUGAAAAUCCAGUCGCAGUUGCGUCGACGAGUCCAGCCAAGGAAACAACCAGAGAGUUGGUUAAAGUGGCAAAAACGGAGAGUCCUGUCAAAAACCAGGAGUCGGCAAAGCACGAUGCUGAGCCCAACAGCGUCAGCGACCAAGUGCUCGAUGCAGUGGCCAAGAAAACAAAAAAGACCUUGUUCUCCGAUGUUACAUCAUACAACACUGAGGAUGUGAAAUAUAAUACAGAGGACAAGCCAAAGGCCAUCGCACCGCAGCCAAAAGAAAGUCCCAAAGAGGCUAUCAUAAAGGAGACCAAGCCGCUUGAAGUUCCCGAGCAAAAGCCCAAGGCUAAGACUCCGGAGAAGCCGGCGGCACCGGAUGCGGUGGCUGCGGAGACAGUAUUGCAGCGCGUACAUGCUCCUGUGGUUACGGAAAAGAUCCAUUCCACGGAAGAGAGUAAACUGGAGUUGGAUGUGAACUACUUGAAACUUUCGCCGGACUCUGCGCUCAAUCCACCAGUGGUUCCAGUGCAGAAACCAGUGGCCGAGCCUCCAGUUGCAAGUGUUCAGAAGGAAAAACCUAAGGAACCUCUGCCCGCUCAGCCAAGCGAGGUUUCACAGAAGCCACCAGAAAUAGAGAGGGUAAAGAAAACCGAAACCCCACUAUCUAAUCCGCCAUCAAACCGUACUGAUUCCGCUCAUGUGGAGCAACCAGCACAGCCACCAGUCAAGGCUGCGCCAGAAAAGGUGGAGCAGCCGAUGGCCAAAGAAGCUGUCGACAUCAAAGAUAAGGCAAUUAAAAAAGCUGUGCCAGAGGUGCCUGUCGUAAAGCCUGAGGCUUCUAGCUGCGAAAAGAAAAUCGAUCCCAGCAAGACUAAGGUGGUACUCGAAAAGGAAUGUAUCAAAAGCGAUCAACAAUUGGUGCAGGUCAAGGAGGAGGAAAAGUUAAAUGCAAGGGCGCCAUCUGCACCCAUUCCCAUCCGGGACAAGAUCCAACUAAAGGGUAACGAGCACGCCCAGUUACAGAACUCCAUUCCCUCCCAGUUCCCACUCAAUCAGAUGCCCAACUAUCACACCUCGCAGUACUGGCAGUGGGAGUACUAUGGCUACAACCUCUCGCAUCUGGACGCAUCGCAGAAGGGACAGAAGCAGUUCCACAAGGACCUGGCCACGACCAUGGCGUACACGCACAACUUUACGCAGAACCUCUAUCAGUCCGCCAAUCUGGCCAUGCACGCCCAUCACCAGAUGCACCAGACCAAGGAGAAGCACAAGGUGGAGCGCAAGAACAGUGGCAAGAAGGAGGAGCAGCCCAAGGUAGUGUCCAGUGUCAAUGUGGUCAGCACAGCUCGCGAGGAUGCCCAUGUACAGCAUUGCAACGAGUACGCGGCCAACAAUCAGGCCUUGUACAAUCAGAAAUGCGUAACUCAGCAGAAGCAGGCUCAGCAAAUGAAGUCUCUGGCCAAUGUCCAAAACCCAGUGCUCCGGCAGAGCAACUCCAACGCGACAGAGUCCACGGUUCUGAUGCCCAAUCCAGUCAUUUCCCAGGCGGGAUCUGUGCCGGCCAAGCAAAAAGUCGAACACGGCGUCAACUCGACAUCGGUCAUUUCGCGCGAGGGAAAGCUCAACAAGAUUGGGCAUUCCAACAUCCACGCCACUGCCCAGCAUGCUAAUAUUCAAGUGGGAGGCGGCCAGUCCGACGUCAAUCCGAACAUGGUUUACAACACGGAGUCCUCGACGAAUUCGGCCAUGCAGCACUACGAUUGCGGAAUCAGUGCCCAGAUAAACAUGGAAUCGCCGGCCAACAUUGGCACCGCCAUCGCGCACGGUCCUCAGGAGAUCUCAGCCACGUCCAAUGUGCAUAUGCAUCAGCCGCACAGGCAGUUCUCCGACUGCUCCAUGCAGAACCAGCCGGUUACCACGCCCAUGCACAUGUCCAUCCAGAACUCCCACAUGCAGCAGCAGAAUAACUUGAAUUUGAAUCUGGCGCCAGAAGGCUCGUCAAAUAUUAACCUCUUAAGUAAUCCACAGCACCAGCACCAGAGCAGGAAACUGAAUGCCCAGGCGGAUAUUGCAGUUAGUUCACCGACACCUUCGCACCGAGCCACCACGCCCAAGCAAAUACGCAGCGGAAAUACCCAGCAACGCGACGCUAAGAACGCGGCGCCACCCACAACCACAACAAAUACUCAUCAUCAGAUUCCCCAGGGCGGAGCGGCGCCAAAUAUUUCCAAGUCGCACCACGACUCUCUGCACAACCUGCAGUUCUCGCAGCACGGACACCAGCAGAACAUGCAGCCCAUCGACUACGUGCCCAUCCCGCAACUCAGUCAGAACUUCUCGGCAAAUCCCUCGAACUAUGACAUUGUGGGCAUGCCGGCGGUCAUCCAACAGCGGAUGUCACUAAACGGUUCCGUGCACUCGCUGGCUAACACGCACCAGCGCAUCGAGCAGCCAUCGUCAGCGUGUGCCGUCAAUAACUUUUACUUGCAAAACAACAUGCCGGCAACCGAGAAUGCGCCGCGAGUGCCGGUCUCCAGUUCUCUAGGCGGUCCGCCGACGGCGGGUAACAAUGAUCAGCGGCAGGCAGGUCAGGACUCGAUAACCACGGCAAACAGUGCUGGCGCACCAGCUUCGCUGGCGGGAAAUCUGUGCAGCCUGUCAAAGCUGCAGCAGCUAACCAAUUGCCUGGAGAGCCAGCCGUGUAACACGUCACCGGGUGCCCAGGUUAAUCUGGCCCCCUCUCCGCACCAUCCUAUUACGCCUAACUCCAUGACCCCUCCGCCGCAUCUGCUCAUGCAGAACAGGAACAUCUCGACGCCACCCAACAUGCUGCAAACGCAGGUGACGCCGCUGCAGUACAAGUACUAUCCGGGCAACAUGAACAUCCCGCCAAUCUCUUCGGCGCAAAAUACGAGUCGGAACACCCGCAACACGCCCUCUGCCCCGGUGCAGCACACCUCGGCGCCCAUGGGCAGCGGCAACAACAGGACCGCCAAUGUCCACAUCAGUCCGAAUUUGAUGGCACCCUACGGAGCGAUCAACAGCUACCGGAUGUCGCCGCAGCAAUCCCCGCCCACUGGAAGCUAUAGCUCGGGGAGCGAGUACCCCAACUCGCAGAUUCCGAUGCAGAUGAUGAAUAUGCAAUCUCAGUACCCGGAUGCCUGCGUGCUGCAGCGAGGCACUCCAUCCAACCCGAUGUAUUCCACGUAUCCCCCCUACUUACCUCUCAACGGUUCUAUUCGCAGAUAAUAGAUGCGCACAUUUUAUAUGUUACUUUAUUAAGUAUGCUUGUACAUAAAUGUGUGCUGUAAAUAAAUAUAUAUUACGUCAAUUUAACAAUCCGA